AUGGCACCCAAAAAGAUUCUGGUGGUCAACCCGAACAGCUCUAAGUCUAUCACUGACAAUCUGGAGCAAUUAGUUUCUGUCCCACAUUCCUAUGAGCUUCAAUUCUAUACAGCUCCUCCUGAAGCACCAAAAUCAAUCAAUAAUGAAGAUGAUGCAUUAGUUUCUGCUGAAAUUUGCUUUCCAGCGUUGAAAAAACGUAUCGAUGAGUCUCCCGUGGAUGGUGUGCUUGUAUGCUGCUUCUCAGAUCAUCCUUUGGUUCCGAUGCUGACUAAAGAAUUCCCUUCAAUUAAGGCAUUAGGUAUCUUCCAGGGCUCAUUAUUGUAUAGUUUGGGACUGGCUACUGAUGAUCACAAGUUUGCCAUCUUGACAUCCAACAACCAAUGGGAACGAAUUCUUGAUGACUCUUUGUUGGAUUUCUUUUACGGGAAAGGUUCCACAAUAGAAAAAAGAGAAAAGAAGUUGCCUUCGUAUUGUCUCCCCACCAUCGCCGCCAAUGUUGAAGUCCUGGAGUUGCAAGAUCCCAAAAAGUUCAAGAAGCUCCAAGAGAAAGUCCAGAAACUGGUUGACGAAGGUGCCAAAAUCAUCCUACUUGGAUGUGCUGGGCUGAGUGGCUUGGAUCUCAAGUUCAAAGACGUUUUCCCUCAAGUCAAAUUUGUCGACACUGUUAAGGUUGGUGUUCAAUUCUUGGUUCCAUUGAUUGAGUAUUAG